AUGGUUUCUUUUGCAACCUUAGAAUUUGAUCCUAAGGAAGAUAGUGUUCCUGACAACAUGCUAAUGGCAGAAAGUCGUCUUAGGAGUGUGGUGGAAAAUGUUAAGAAAGAACAGGUUGAAAGAAUGAAAGCUCAUGCUGAUAAUUUUGAGAAUAAGAUUAAAAAGCUUCAUGAGGUUGAGAAAGAGUGUCAUGCACUUUUCGUUGAGCAAGUGAAGACUAUGAAUGAGUCUCUUGAUCUCAAGGUGACUGAACUCAAAACAGAGAUGGCUAAAGAGGCUGAAAAGAUUGGGAAAAGUUACUCUAUUCUUUAUGGGAAAGUGGAUGUUGUUGUUAAUGCAAUUGCAAAGUUGGUUGCGUACAAUACAGGUUAUUCAACUAAGCGUGAUGUGAAGACAGAAACGGAUUCCAAAGUUUUUGCAAAGUUGAGGGAAUUUUCAAGCAGCAUCAAGGAAUCCAUUUCGAAAGUUGGUCUUUUAAACCAAUAUUCUGUUAUCGAUGAAACAAUUACUCAGAUGAUAUUCUCUAUUGAAGCUAAUCUAAAAAAGGAACUUGCUCCUAUCUUUGAGUUGAUUUUGGAGGGACUCGGCGAGUUGAUGCUUAGACUCGCCAAGUAG